AUGAGCAAGAACAGAAUCCACUCCAACGUAGCGUUUGUGUCUCCGUAUGAGCUACCUCCGACUAACAAUUUGGAGCUACUACAGCUUCUAUCGAAGCUGGAUCGUUUUCUUGCAGACACCGUUAAACCAAAAGUGAAUCUUCUGCUCCCCACACUGAACCAAUUUGAUGCCUCGGAAAUUAUUGAAUUGAACAAUACAAAAAUACUCAGCAGUACGGCUGACCAGAAAAGCAGUGGCAAAUCCAAAAAUCAAGUUCAGUUUACCGACGUGAUAAACGAAGACGAGGAGCCUAAAUUUUACAUCGAUAUCGGCAAGAUGCGCCCGAAGAACUUGAUGGAGGAGAUCUCGACAGUCAUCUUGAACAAUUUCCCAAGUCUACGAAACAACGCCAUCGAAAAAGUUCUUGUUGAUCUUGUUUGCUUUGACGGCACAAGCCGAGAGUUUGAGUGGUCUGCCAUUGGCUACGAAUUCAUGGACCACAAAACAAUAUUCAUACGACUUCAUAAGCUUGUCGACCUUCAGUGGCUUGUGAACACAUAUAAGGAUAUAGACUCAAUCAUACCGAAUGGCCUGUUAAUAUACAGCGACGAGCUCGAUGAGCUUAAGGAGCGGUUGGCAGAAACUUUAGAAGUGCAGCCGAGCGUGGUAUCGGAGCAGCUAAAGAACCAAACGAGGUUGGUGAUCUCCAAUUCGAAAAACAGAGCCCGGCCCAAAACAAAAGGAUUUGAAGAUCUCGACUUGGCGAUGCAGUCGUAUAGCGACUACAAAGUGGAUAACAAUGACUUGAUUGACGUUGCCAACGAUAUGAAAGAAGGAAUCGUGAAGGAUAUCAUUCGAUUCAGGACCAAGAUGCUCUCGAUUGAAAAAGAGAACCGGCGAAGGCGAAUGGAGCAGGAGAGAGUCAAGACUAGACACAAGUUGAGCAGAUUGAUUGACGGUCUCAAAGAGACAAAGCAAGACCAGAAGCUAGCCAAUGAGAUGAAGGAGGUGCCCACGCCCAAAAAACCACAAGAGUUUACUCCGCCCAAUGAAUACUAUGAGUUGAGUGAUAAGGAAUACGAAGUCAUGAUGACAGAAAGGGAGUUGGCCAAUGACAAGAAGGAAUAUGAAAGACAUUUACUGAAAUUCAAAGCCAAGGAAGAAGUCGAGAAAGAAAAGCUCAAACGAGACUAUGAAAAGCAACUCAAUUACGAAAGCGACCUCUUGGAAAAUAAACUCGAUGCGAUAGAUCGGUUGAGAAACUAUCAGCAGAAUGGUCUUGCGCUGCUAUAUGAAAACGAUUACAACGAGUAUUUGAAACAGCGGCAUGCAAAGAGGUCUCUUGAGGAAGAGAUGGAUGCCAGGGACAUCGAGAAUGAGAAUGAAAAUGAGAACCAAAAUGAGAACAAGGACGAGAACAAGGACGAGAAUGAGAACGAGAACGGGAACGGGAACCAGGAGCUCAACAAACAGAAUGAAGGUGCCUAUAAAAAGCAAAAAACUGAAAAGAAAUUGGAAAGAGUAGGUGAAACAAAAAUUUUCAACAUCAAACUUUUACCGGCAGAUCAACGAGAGCAAAUUGCAUCCAAAAUAAACGACCUUUUGGUAGAUUGCCUUGGUGUCGAAGACGAUCUUAUGCACCAAAUAAUCUCCGAAAAUCUCGAUUCUCACAACCUUGAUGGGAAAGAGUCUUUGGUUGCAGAACUUGUGGAUGUUCUAGAGGAAGACGCUGAAAAGGUCGUUGAUGACUUGUACGAGUUUGUGGUUUCAAUAGCGUCAAAGGAGUGA